GCUGAUGCGAGAGCUUUCGGUGUCUGUGAUCAACAUCGGUGGACUGACUGCCAAAUGAUGGAGCUUUUCGGUCUUAUUUCACACCCUUUUUGUGUCGCUGUUGGCUUCGACGAGGGACGCAGCGGACUGAUGUGUUUUUGAGACGAGGAUAAAAGGGGAAUUUGAGGAGGAAAUAACGGGUCCGUCUCGUCACUCGUGGCCUGUCUUGUGACUGACACAGGUGGAUUGCCGCUGGAAAAACGGCAUCGAAAUGAAGACAUAAUCUCGGGACUAUGGCAAGCGACAUAUUCCGUAGCUGCCUCUUAAACCGUGGACUAUCUACGCUAUCAUUUGCUUUAAUUUAAGUGGGAGAGGCAGGAGCUGGACCUUUUUGGUGUGUCAGCUAGCUGAUAGGCUAAUUUGGCUAGCUAGUCAGUUAGCAGCUUCUCUGGCCAACAGCACGGAAGAAGUGGGAUGCUCCAAGGAGGAGUUAAUGUUAGUUGCUAGCAUAAAUUCACUGGGGGUUUGGCUGCCGGUGUUAUAUUUAGUAAACCGCCUUGUAAUGAGACAUUUAACAUCAUAGCUCGAGGUUAAUUUAGGUUUUGGUUACAUUGGUCGCGUCGUUUCCUCGCGGCACUUUCGGCAAAUUAGCUCGCGAUGGAUAAGAUUGGAUAAUCGGCUAAGAGAGCUAAUGUUGACAAACACUAGUGACUUAACGCGUUCAUUUGUAUUGUUUCACGUUGACUCAGUAGCAGAGAUGCUGUCGUUUCUGUCACUUCGUUUCUGAGACUUUGUUGGCGGGGAUAUAGCAGCUUUCUGGCCGAGGUGAAGCAUGUUGACGUUGGAUGCGCUGAAGCUCAAACAUUUGGCAACAACCAGGAGAGGACCUGCCAUGACAGAAAGUCACAUUGUGAGUCAAAAAACAUUAACAUAAGUAACAAUUUUGAAUCAAGGUAACAUAGUUGUCAAGAUGUGGAUGGUAACUACUAAAGUUAACACAGAUAGUGUUUGUCAACCCGUUGCGUGACUUAUAAACCUACCUCCCGACUUAAAGCUACUCUUACUAGUCCAUAUUUUACUGUUAUUUAUCACACCACAAAACCUGCCUGCGUUUUUUAAAUGUCAGCUAUAGACGAUGCUUUUACGACACCCACACAUUAAUUUCAAGAUUUCAUUGGAGAUAUGUAAUGCCAUUUUAAAAAAUGGCAUUAAAGCUGAAGAGCUGGAUCUUGACGACAGCAGUGAGAUAAUACACCAGCUUUCCUCAAGUUUGUAAAGUGGAACAGCCAAUAUAAAUGGAACCGACAGUUGUGUCUGGCCCUUUGGGGCACACACAGUGGGAGUCAGAACAGCCAUUUCCUCUCGGAUUUCACACACUGGAUUCAGACAAUGGAGGUGUGCUCUGUCAAAACAACAGUGGCCAGACAGGUUUGGAUUUCAGAAAAGGUGACCAGGAUCAAACAUCCCAACAAAAUGAAGAAGAAAAUAUAUAUCCAGACAAACCAUUAGAGUUGGACAACUUCAUAAAUAUCUCUUUUUCAGAUUUGCAAUUUGAGGAAGAUCAGUCCAAUAUUUCUCAAGCUUCUCUACAUAGUCCUCACAUAGAGGAAUUGUCCUUCACAGAAAAAACUGAGGGACCUGAUGAACUCAGUGACUACACUUUGUCAUGGCUAUUUUCUCCUAAACUCACUGAUGUGAUUGGGAAAAACUCUGCCCAUGAGGAACUGAGUCUGACGCAGGAUUCCCCUCUUGAGAGCUUGAAUGCCGUCAGUAGUCACGCUGAGUUAUUAAGCCUCAGUGUACCGGCCUCUCCGUCAAAGGUUUCCGAGAGGAAUUCGGACACCAUCACAGGGGAGCAAUUUUUGUUGGUGGAUCUUUUCUCAAAUGAACCCUCUUGUCCCCCCUCAGAGUCCUCAGGUGAGUUGAACCCACAGGGUGUCAGUGAGGAGCUGGUAGAUCUGUCACAAGACGAGCAGGCAGGUCUCCCUCCCUCGCAGAGCAGGGAGACUUUGUCACCUGAAACUGGAGACAAAGGUUUAUUCCCUGAUCAAGUGACUGAGCUGCCUGUAACCUGGAGCACGAAUCUGCAAGGUUUACCCGAGAACUGCCUCCCGCAUAACCACGUCAGCACACCACUGGAGUGUUUUGAAGGAUCUGUGCCUUUGUUGGAUUUAGAGGUUCCAGAUUGUGACAGCAGUCUGAGCCUGUGCCCAGCCAGUCCCCCCUCUGUUAUCUUCACAGGUGCACCAUUAGAUUUAUCAACAGAGGAGUCGGAGGUGGAACAUGCCGGAGCUACUGUAAAUAGAAAUGUGACUUCAGAGCAACAAGGUGAGAAUGACUCAUUUGCUCUUGGUUUGACUGCGGAGCUUCCAUCACUGACAGUGCCUCUGGCUGAAGAUGCCUUCACCCAGGGUGAUUUCACCAGUGAGAGUUGCUCUGUGGAAAGUCAGAUUAAGGAUUUGAUGGAAGACAAUAUUUGUUCUGAAGCUAAAAAUCAGGGCAAUGAGGCAAUGGCUUUGGAUCUGUGCUUGACUGCUGACGAGGAAACUUGGGACUUGAAACCUCAGGAAGGCGUAGAGAAUGGAAGCGUCCCUGACCCGACAACUGAACACGGGGAAGAGGAGACGGACAGUCACCAGCUUGAAGGAUCAGACCGUCAUGAAGUGGUUUCUUUAGAUUUUUCGGUCCAGGACUUACACACUACUUCUCCUGAGGCCGGAUGGACUAGUGAGCAAAGUGUGGAGACAAUUUCCCUCUCUAAGAUGGUGGUAGAUGACUCACUACCGAUGGUCUCAGCUGUGAAUACGAGGGAGGAAGAUGUCUCCCCGCUAAAAGCUGUGUUCGACGCGUUAGACCAAGAUGGGGAUGGCUUUGUUCGCAUUGAGGAGUUUAUGGAGUUUGCUGCUGCCUAUGGGGCCGAUCAGGUAAAGGAUCUGACCAAGUUUUUGGAUCCCAGUGGACUGGGAGUGAUCAGCUUUGAAGACUUCCACCGGGGAAUCUCUGCAAUCAGCAAUGGAGGUCCAGAGCCGCAGCUCUACGGGGUUAACUACAGUCCGGGCGACGGAGCUGUGGGCUGUCCUGAGGAGUACGACGAGCAAAAUGAGGUGACAGAUAGUGCGUACCUGGGCUCCGAGAGCACCUACAGCGAGUGUGAAACCUUCACAGAUGAGGACACGGGGGCCCUCGUACCGCCCGAGAUGCACGAGGACGUGGAGACGGACAGCGGCAUCGAAGCCACACUGCACGACCCCGAAGAUGGCGGAAAUAGGUUUUCCCUGAACUCUGAGCACCAUAACCACUCACUGGUGUCGGUCAUCGGUGGAGAGGAGGAGCACUUUGAGGACUUUGGGGAAAGUAACACCUCAGAGUUGCUACUGGAGAGCAGCGUGGAGGGGACCGAGGGGGAGGGCGAGUCCCCUCUCGUGAAGCCACCUGAGCAGAUCAAUGGCUCCUCACUGCUCUCUCCCAGUGCACCUGCUCCUCUCCCUGACUGCUUUCAGAGCUUCCUCAGGGAGGAGGCGCUGGACUUUUUCUGUAGCCAGUGUCACAAACAAAUAAGUCGUCUCGAGGACCUCUCCACUCGCCUCAAUUUCCUAGAGAUGACUAGCGCUGGCAAAAGGCUGUCUAGCAAGAAAGUAGCAAGACACCUCCUCCAGAACAGCUCCAUGACUCUGGACACCAUGAGCGACUUGACGCGGGACAUCCUGGAGCUCGCUGACAACGACAUCACAGACAAGGUGCUUUUACUCGAGCGCCGAGUUGCAGAGCUGGAAAAAGAGUCGGAGGCGUCGGGGGAGCAGCAUUCACGGCUGCGCCAGGAGAACCUUCACCUGGUGCACAGAGCCAACGCCCUGGAGGAGCAGCUGAAGGAGCAGGAGCUCCACGCCGACGAGAAACUGCAGCAGGAGACCCGGCGUCACAAGGAGGCUCUGGUUAAACUGGAGAGGGAGAGGGGGCUGGAGCUGGAGAACCUGCAGGCCAGGCUGCAGCAGAUGGACGAGGAGAACAGUGAGCUGAGGUCCUGUGUUCCUUGUCUUCGAGCAAACAUCGAGAGACUAGAGGAGGAGAAGAGGAAGCUGCAGGAUGAGACAGAAGUCACGUCCGACAGACUGCAGGAGGAGACGGAGUCCCGUAGGAAGAUGUCUGACAAGCUGAGCCACGAGCGCCACCAGAGUCAGAAGGAGAAGGAGUGCACUCAGGAGCUCAUUGAAGACUUGCGUAAACAGCUGGAGCACCUACAGCUCUACAAGCUGGAGGCCGAAGCAAAGCGAGGGCGCACGCCCGGCGCGGGGCUGCAGGAGUACCAGACCCGAACCCGCGAAGCCGAGCUGGAGCAGGAGAUCAAACGGCUGAAACAGGACAACCGCAGCCUGAAGGAGCAGAACGACGAGUUAAACGGCCAGAUCAUCAACCUGAGCAUUCAGGGAGCCAAGAACCUGAUGUCGGCUUCCUUCUCUGACUCCCUGGCAGCCGAGAUCAACAACGUGUCUCGUGUAGAGUUGAUGGAGGCUGUCCACAAACAGGAGGAGAUCAACUACAGGCUCCAGGACUACAUCGACAAAAUCAUCGUGGCCAUCAUGGAAUGCAACCCCUCCAUCCUAGAGGUCAAAUAGACUCACGCAGCCAGACGGCCACGCACAGUGACUCCUCAGGCUGUUAUAUAUCGGAGACUUGGCUGAAAGAUAAAACUACCAAGAAAGGAUGAAAAAAAUAUUUGGACAUCAUUUUGGUAGGAAAACAACAACGAUGCACUCAACUCAUCCAAACACCCCCAGCAGAAAAAGGAGAAUUACUAAGAAGUCCACGAGUGAAAAUAAGCAAUUUUCAUUUGGAUAUCCCUCGAGGUUUGUGCUUAUUUGUGAGCGUAUGUGAGCACUUGGGUUCUGGUGACCUCCAUGCAUUUGGCUAGAGGGACCCUUGUUGAGUGAGUGAAUGUGUAAAUGUGUGCAAGAGGUCAGUAUCAUAUAAAGAGUAGUCAAUCCUUCCCAAAUAACAAAGUGUCAAUAUUUGAUUGAGCUAAAAAAAAAAAAAAAAGACAAUUCUACAGUACCGAAAGGCCUUAAAUGAAAGGUGAUCCAAGUAUUCAUUCAUUCUGCAUGCCAUACAUACAUGCCUCAGUUCAGUCAGGGAAGGGUUGCCUGGGAUGGUGGUUGUAUGGGGGCUGAAUCAAAGCCGUAUGAAGCCCUGGGCAGGAGAUCGGAGCAGCAGUUUCCUCUUUUUAAUGAGUCUUUAAUGUAUUUAAAGCUUGCGGUGCUGCCAACCAGUCCUUGUAACAGCGUGUUCUGUCCUUUAACCAACUGUCUUUCCAGUGAACCCAAGUGAGGGACGUUUCUGUAAGGUCGGGAAGGAGAAAUGCCCUGAGGGUUUUGUGUGCGUGUGUGUGUGUUUGUGUGAGUGUUGUUUUUCUUUGCGCAGUGUUACUUUAAGGUUUUGAAAAAGCUUGGUGACACUAGCGAGUAAUAUAAGCUUCCUUGUCCCAAAUGAAGGAACUGGGUGGGUUAUAUUUUUGCUUCAUCUCAUUUGUUGUUUUACAAUGAAACAGGGUCCCGGAGCUCAGGUGGGCUGGGAAAAAAAGACUACAUUUCCCAUCAUUCCCUGGCACAAAAAUCUAAUUUCUCAAACUAAUUUCACUAAGUGUAGACGGGGUACUGUUAUUGACGAAAUAUAACCUGCUUUUACUGACACGUUCACUUCAGACACUUGAACCAAGCAUGAAGGGAAACUAAUGAGGGAUUAUGGGAAUUGUAGUGUAGUUUCUUUUUAUUUUAUUGUUUGAGUACAACCCACCUGACUCCAGUGUUCUCUUGCUGAGUGAAAGUAACGGGGAGCAAGCUUAUCCAGGUAACCAACCUUUUUUUUUUUUUUUUUGCUGCACAAGUGAUUUAUUGUCUGCAAAAAUGCUGAUAUUUGACCAGUUGUAUGUGAAUAAUCAAAUGGUUGUACUUUGCACUAAGUUUUGUUUUGAUUUCAUUAUUGUUUUGUCGAUAGAAAAAAAGACGUUUAUUGUGAAGGGAUCAAAUCAAAAAUGAAGAUGGGGAUUUGUCGCUACUGCACACUAAUUUCAAUGUCAAAUUGGAAAUAUUCAAGAAUACUACAGAAAUGUUUGCAAGAUGAGUUUAAUUUUCAGUUACAUAUUGUUUUUUCAGCCAUUGGGAAUUUUUUUUGGCUGUCUAUCGACCAGCUUUAUCGUUUUCCAGACCAGUUAUGAUGCUGAAGAGACGUGGCAGACUUUGGUAGCAAUAAUGCUCGGCGAGAAAGUGGACAAUGGUGGAGGGCAGAUGAAGCGAUCCUGCUCUUUAUUUCCUCUGCUGAAGCACCAUCUGCUUUUUCAAGGACUGAUUUCGGACUGCUUAUUAGUACAGUGCAGCCAUCACUUUUUUGGACUCUGGACAUAAGAUACCUACCAGACAUCUUAACGGAUUUCUAGCUGAAAGGUAGUCGAGAAUGUUGUUUUUGUCCAAACAGCAUGGCGUUUUUGCACCAAUAUGCUAAAAAGGAGUUCCUAUUUUUCACCCUGUUUCACCUCUACGUCACUGCUCUUCUUCACCUGCCACUCCAUGGGGGAAAAAUGGCCUUGGAUGUAAAUGACUUGUACAUGUAAAGUUUUUUCUACACUCAUUCUAGAUUCUAGGUAUUUUUAUAGUCGGAAGAAAAGAACAUUUCUUCUUGUUGUCUUAUGCUGAGAGACAGCUGCCUGUAUUCUUCUCUAGCAUGUAGCGUGUACAGUAUCAGUUUUCUUUUUUUUUUUCUUUUUUUUUCCUCGUUUGAAAUCACAUGCAGAUAUUUAUUCAUCAUUUGACACAACUUACACUCUGUGAUCUGUUCUGCUGAAUAUAUCUUUGUACAAUUUUUUGAAUUCACAAGGGGAUUUAUGAAUGAAUCUUUGGGAGAAUAUAUCAAAUGAAGAGAGAAAAAGUGUUUGGGUGACUCACAAGCUUGAACGUGACUCCGACCGCUCGGUGCGGUCAUUUGUCGAGGUCGUGGCGCUCUUCCAUUACGCUGACGUUGCUGUGACCUCCUCAGGGUCGUGAUUUUUAGACAUUAUGGCACAGUCUGCAGUCUCUACUGUUGUCUUCGGAGUCAGAUCCUGCAUGGAAACACCGACUUUUAUUGUAUAUCUCUGAUUCAGUCGUUUGACCUACGUUUUGACUGACACAUCAUAUGCUAUAAUUUCCAUUAGUGGAGUUGUGAGACCUCACAAAUGUCAACACACCUAAAACCUCAUAUCAAGGCUUUGCUGAGUCCAGCUUCCUGCCUUUUAGUGUAACGGGAGGUUUGCCCCAACAGAUUUUAUUCUUUCUGAAUCCUUUUUUUUGCAUUACAAACAGGAAAUGGGACGACACUUGAACACAGCAGGCAAUGCUACACUUAAUUCUUUCCCUGCUUCAUGUUUUGACAGAUAGUUUAGGCACUAACAAGACCGGCACAGGCAGUGAGACCACAGAGCUGACUAAACAUUCCCUUUUAGCAGAGCUGAAAGUGACUGCACUUUAACCACCAAAUUUCUCCAUUUUAACCGCUUUCAAAAAUGACCAAAGACCGAUGUUUCGACUCAAACUGAUCAUUUUAUCUAUCAGGGUCCAUGAUCUUUUUGGUAACAUUUCCUGUUGUGAUAAAUCAACAAACAACUGGCCUGCUAGUCUAAACACUGUGCCUCUGUGUCUCAAACUUUGCCUCUAAACUAACCUGAUGAUGAGCCCUGGGGAAAGCACUGACCAUGUGACUGUCAGUUUGUUAAAUUAUAAUGAUGAGAACCUAAACUGUAAAUAUAAAUUGUCAUUUUUGUGAACUCUCUCUCUCUCUCUCUCUCUCUCUCUCUCUCUCUCUCUCUCUCUCUCUCUCUCUCUCUCUCGCUCACUUCCAGUGUCCAAAGAAAGUUUGCUCAAGGCACAAACAUCACUACUUGAGUAGUGCAUGGCUUGCCAUUAUGUGACAUGGAAAGAUUAAAAAAGAGAAUAUUGUAGAAAAGAGAAAUUGUAAAAGUUAAAUUUAUGCCUAUUUUCGAAGAUAAAUGUAUAAAUUAUAACAGUAUUGGUUACAGCUGUAUAUUAUUUUUGAAGAUCCCCAAAUGAUCUACUCCUAAUUGUUACUGGGGAAAUAUAAUUUCUGUCAUUGUAAAAAGAGAAAAAUUUAAAGGUAAGCAGUGGAAGUAAGAUUAGAAAAAUAAAUGGAAUAAAACGA